UGAUUGAAGACAAAAAAAGUUCAAAAGAGAGAAAACAAAGCAAACCAAAGGUCGUGAAUUACUCGCUGUGUUCACGCAAGCUCCAUGGGGAAGAAUCGGAAUCGGGCAUCAUCUCGCCGCCGGUGAUGCGCCGUAUUUCGACGCCGGAGGACAGAUUGCAUCAGUUUUCGGAGAGAUUUGUGCGAAGCAGGAGGAGGUUUGUCGCAGUCUUUAUUUUUCCCGGAGGCGAUGUCGCUGAGGAUUAAAGCGGUGGUGGAUAAGUUCGUGGAGGAGCUGAAGGAAGCUCUCGACGCCGAUAUUCAGGAUCGAAUCAUGAAGGAGAGGGAGAUGCAGAGUUACAUCGAGGAGCGUGAGCGCGAAGUCGCCGAGAGAGAAGCCGCCUGGAAAGCCGAGCUCUCCCGACGCGAGGCUGAGAUUGCGAGACAGGAGGCGAGGUUGAAGAUGGAGAGGGAGAACCUCGAGAAGGAGAAGAGUGUUCUCAUGGGAACGGCGUCGAAUCAGGACAAUCAAGAUGGAGCUCUGGAAAUCACUGUGAGUGGUGAGAAGUAUCGGUGCCUUAGGUUCUCCAAGGCUAAGAAAUGAAGCUUUAGGGGCGUAACCAUAAAACAGUUUUUCACAUUUCCUUCUCCACAUUGGGAACUUACCGAUGAAAAGAACAAUUUAAGCUCGUAUUCGUUAUGCCUUGUCUCUAUGAUGUGAUUCAAUGGAAGAAAAAGUAUGUUCCUUUUUUCCGAAAAACCGAGUUCUUGUGAGUGUUCAUGAUGUUUGUAGUUUGUUGUCUUCUUUGUUUGAUCAAACGAGGAAUGCUGUUUCGUAUGCA